AUGAAUUUGGUACGUUUUAGAUGGAUUUUACAAUGGAUCGCCAUUGGGUUCUUUUUAAUUGGAAGCUCUGAUGCUGCUUUUCGACAUGUUUUUCGUACGUCUGCUCAAGAUGGAUUUGCAAAACGGAAUCGGCAACUUGCGUCUGAGCAAAAAUAUGAUCCUAACUACAAAGCUCAAUUCCAAUUAGAUACUUCUAGUAUCAGGUUCAAUGAUGGAAUUGUCAAUGGUAUUUUAAAGAAACAUGUCUCAGAGAAAGUGGAUGAGUUAUUGUUUCCAUUUACAAUAUCGUUCUUAAAGGAUGGAAGCACUCGUUUUGAACUUGAUGAACAACGUCGCAUGGACGGUGAUGUUGAUUACGAUGGCGUAAAAGUUCGAAAGGACAGAUUCGAUAUUACUAAAUAUCACGAUUUGGGGAGUCGAAUUCACAUUGAUACAAAACGCCCGGAAGUUAAAGUACACGAUAAAAAGUUACUGAAAGUCGAUUAUGGCGAUAAUCAACAAUUUUCAAUGAUUUUACAUUUCCAGCCAUUCAUGAUUGAAUUUUUGCGUGACGGUAACGUCGAAGUUGUCUUAAAUCAGCGUCAAUUAUUGAACAUGGAGCAUUACCGUUCUCGUUCCGAACGCUCUCAGGAGGAUGAACCGUUAGGUAUGUGGGAGGAGAAGUUUGAUAAUAUUCUUGAUAGUAAGCCUCGAGGGUCCGAGAGUCUUGGCUUAGAUAUAAGUUUCAUUGGAUAUAAACAUGUAUAUGGUGUACCCGAACAUACUUCAUCACUUUCUUUAAAGGAAACAAAUAAUUCUGAGACUGGAUAUACCGAUCCUUACCGUUUAUAUAAUGUUGAUAUAUUUGAAUAUGAAGUCGACUCUCCUAUGAGUCAGUAUGGUGCUAUUCCAUUUAUGCAGGCGCACAAGAGAAAUUCAGACGUCGGCAUCUUCUGGUCAAAUGCUGCCGCCACUUGGAUUGACAUAGAAAAAGAUGCAUCUUCGACAUCUACUCAUUGGUAUUCUGAGUCAGGAAAGAUGGACGUGUUUAUUUAUUUAGGUCCUACUGCUUUAGAUGUUUAUAAGGCAUAUUCAGGAUUGACUGGCCGUACUCAAUUACCUCCUUUGUUUUCCUUAGGUUACCAUCAGUGCCGUUGGAACUACUUCUCUGAAGAAGAUGUUCAGGACGUUGACAACACAUUCAAUGAAGUUGAUAUGCCGUAUGAUGCUAUAUGGUUAGAUGUCGAUUACACAUCUGGUCGUCGCUAUUUUACUUGGAAUGAAGCUACAUUUCCCCAUCCUCAAGAAACUUUAAAAAAACUGGAUUCAAAUGGCCGUAAGAUGGUUGUUAUCCUCGAUCCUCACAUUAAGAACGAUCCUAAUUAUUUUGUAUCAAAGGAGUUGAUAGAGAAUGAUUUUGCUGUGAAGGAUUCGUCUGGUGUUGAUAACUAUAAUGCCGAAUGUUGGCCUGGAGAUUCCAUAUGGGUUGACUUUUUUAAUUUAGAAGGACAGAAAUGGUGGGGAGAUCUUUAUUCUUACGAUAAGUUUAAAGGCUCAGAUAAAAAUCUUUUUAUUUGGAACGACAUGAAUGAACCGUCUGUUUUCAAGGGUCCUGAAACAUCUAUGCAUCGUGAUGCUAUUCAUCAUGGCGGAUGGGAGCAUCGUGACAUCCAUAAUUUUUAUGGACACCAAUGUAUUAACAGCACUUACGAAGGAAUGAUCAAACGAGAUCACGGGGAAAUUCGACCAUUUAUUCUCACCCGUUCUUUCUUUGCUGGCACCAAUGCCCUAGCUGCCAGCUGGAUUGGUGAUACUUUGGGAACUUGGGAGCAUUUCCGAGGAUCUCUUGCUACUGUGUUAACAAACGGAGUAGCCGGAAUGCCAUUUUCAGGUGCUGACGUUGCUGGUUUUUUUGGAAACCCAGAUUCUGAACUUUUUGUUCGCUGGUACGAAUUGGGUAUUUUCUAUCCGUUUUUCCGGGCACAUGCUCAUAUAGACACCAAGCGUAGGGAGCCAUGGCUUUAUGGCGAGCCUUAUACUUCAAUGAUUCGCAAUUUAUUGGGAAUUCGCUACCGUUUACUUCCAACUUGGUACACGACAUUUCAUACAACUCACAUGACUGGUCUACCAGUGCUCCGACCUCAAUUUUUAGUACAUCCAGAAGACGAACAAGGAUUUGAUAUUGAUGAUCAAUUUUAUUUAGGCGAUUCUGGACUUCUUGUAAAGCCAGUAUUGGAACCUGGUGUAACUGAAACAGGUGUUUAUAUCGCAGACGGUGAAACUUAUUAUUAUUUUUACAAUUUUGAUGAGAUUAAGGGUAAAGGGAAACAUGUCGUUCCUGCUACUCUAGGAAAAAUUCCAAUUUUGUUACGAGGAGGUAAUAUAUUAGUUACACGUGAACGUAUACGACGUGCCUCUGAGCUUACUAUCAACGAUCCUUAUACUCUUUACAUUGCAGUUUCUGGCAAAACGGGAUCAGCUAGAGGUGAACUGUACAUGGAUGACGGUACUUCAUUUGAAUAUAAAAAGGGCGCUUAUAUUUCUCGGGAGUUUACUUUCAAUGAAGGUGUAUUGGACGUUUUCGAUACUCAUCCACACCCUCAAUCAGGCGUACAAUAUGCAGAGUCUAUGAAACAUAUCAAGGUGGAACGUAUUAUAUUAAUUGGUGUCAAUCACCAAAAGAUCAAGAUUCGCAAACACGGCGUUUCCGGUGUUAAGAGCUGGGAUGUGAAUGUCAACAAAGACGGCAUUGUACAGAAACCUGGUUUAUAUUUAGUGUAA